AGCCUAAUCUUAAGAGUUUAACCUCACAAACGCAAGCUCCAACUUCUAACUCUUGGAACACUAGAAUGGACGGGCCGACGAUGACGAUGUUCGAAGAUUGGAUGUCCGAACACGGUCGAACGUACGCGAAUGCGAAGGAGAAGCAGCAACGGUACGAGAUCUUUAAGAACAACGUGAAGUACAUUGAAGAAUUCAACAAAGUCGGCGGGCGCUCGUACACCCUCGGAGUUAACCGGUUUAGCGAUAUGACAAACGAGGAGUAUGCAAAUACGUACGUUGUAGGAACUGCAGAGCAGGACAUCCCAACAGAUAUAGAGACCGUUCUAGUGGAAGCCGAGUACGAAAACACCCGCUUGAGAGCCACCGUUGAUUGGAGGACCCAAGAUUUAAGUGUUGUGACACGGGGUCAUACCAAAAACAUGGCCUUGAGAGCCACCGUUGAUUGGAGGACCGAAGGUGCCGUAACUGAAGUCAAGGACCAAGGAGACUGCGCUUGCUGCUGGGCAUUCGCUGUGGUAGCGACAGUUGAGAGCAUCUACAAGAUCAAGAAAGGCGAACUAAAAUCUCUUUCAGUACAGCAAGUUCUCGAUUGUUCCAACGGUGGUGACUGCUCGGGCGGUAGCCGAUUAAAAGCUUUCCUUUAUAUCAUCGCAAAUAAAGGCUUGACGACCGAGGCUAACUACCCUUACAAGGCAUCUAAAGGGGUGUGUGACAAAACCAAGGAAUCAGAUCAUGCAGCUUACAUUACUGGCUACAGGUUGGUUACGAGAAACAACGAAGCUGAGCUUAUGAAAGCUGUGAAUGACCAACCGGUGACGGUCGCAGUUAACGCCACAACUUGGCAACAUUACAAAGGUGGUAUUUUUGAUGAAGAUUGUUCGCCCGAUGUCACUCACACUGUCGCCGUAGUUGGCUACGGUGAGGAAUCGGGGAAAAAGUAUUGGAUACUGAAGAACUCAGCCGGCCCCAAAUGGGGCGAAAGUGGAUACAUGCGAAUAGCAAAAGAUGUCGCUGCAAAAGAAGGAUUAUGUGGUAUUGCCACAGCUCCUCUCUACCCAUAUAUCUGAUUCAUUUCCGCUUGUUGUUUCGGUUCUACUUAGUUUCGACCGUUACUUUUUUUGAAGCUGGAAAUAAAGAAGUACGAUAUCAGUAUCGUAUAAUAGAGCGUCCUACUUGUGUUGAAUCUGUGGUUUGUUCAUUAAUGUAGUAAAACGCAAUGUUUUAAAAUGUU